GUAGGUUCGGCAAAAUACGCUCACUUUAUUUUUUUCCGCUCCGUUCCUCAGACUUGUUCUGAGUCUACAUCACCAAUGUGACCCUAAAUAUAUACGUACUAGUACUUUGGGAGUCCAUCUACUACUAGAGAGAAUUCCAAACAGUAUUUUUGUGUGACAAUGAGCACAGCGACAAAAGAAAAAAGAAGAAACUCUGAGAAGAGAAAAGAGAAGUCAAGAGAUGCAGCCAGAUUUCGACGUAGCAAGGAAACGGAAAUUUUCUAUGAGUUGGCCCAUGAGUUGCCCUUACCGCACAAUGUGUGCGCACAGCUGGAUAAAGCUGCCAUUAUGAGGCUUGCAAUAAGUUUUUUAAAGAUGAGAAGUCUUAUAGGAGAUGUAGUAACUAAUCGCCCAG